AUGGCAGACAAGGCUGUGACUAUUAGAACAAGAAAGUUUAUGACAAACAGGCUUCUUUCAAGGAAGCAAUUUGUCAUUGAUGUUUUGCAUCCCGGGAGAGCUAAUGUUUCUAAGGCCGAAUUGAAGGAGAAGUUGGCAAGUUUAUAUGAAGUGAAAGACCCGAAUUCGAUUUUUGUGUUCAAGUUCCGUACUCAUUUUGGAGGUGGGAAAUCAACUGGGUUUGGGCUGAUUUAUGACUCUGUUGAUAGCGCCAAGAAGUACGAGCCAAAGUACAGGCUCAUCAGGAAUGGUCUAGCCACCAAGGUGGAAAAAUCAAGGAAACAGCUAAAGGAAAGGAAGAACAGGGCCAAGAAAGUUCGUGGUGUAAAGAAGACUAAGGCUGGAGAUGCUGCAAAGAAGAAAUGA